AUGGCCACCUCCAACACGCCGCCGCUCGUCAGCAGCGUCAUCUCGAGCGCGAACGGAAUUUGCCACGGCAGCGGAAACAACAGCAACAUUUUCCGCAUCUACGCCUCAGUGAAGCCUGGUACUGUCAUAGAUGACUGCGGGAAUGAGAUUACACAGGUCGUCCAAUACUUUUCAGGCAUUGGCGUCGACAAGAGGCCCUUGAACAAGUGGAACGACGGCGUGACAGGAGAGGGCUGCGAGGAUCAGAUCAAAGACGUUUUCACAUAUUGUUGCAAGGAGAUUCAGUCCAAAGACGACGAGAUCUGGCUGUUCGGCUUCAGCCGUGGGGCUUAUGUGGUUCGAGUUGUGGCCGCGCUUCUCACCAGAUUCACUCUCAAAGAAGCGCCCGAUAACAAGGAUAAGUCGAAAUGGAAUCUCAUCACACGCCUUGGGGGGCGGAAACGUAACAAGAAAGGACAUGGAGCGACGAACGGGCAGGAAUUCAGGUUCGGUCUAGAGAAUACGCGGGAGCCUCCCAAGAUCAAGUUUCUGGGCCUCUUCGACACGGUCAAGCAGGUCCUCGUGGGAGACCAAUUCGACGGAACGGACGUCAGCUUUGUCCAACACGUCCGACACGCGCUCGCUCUCAACGAGGAGCGCAGGGCGUUCCCGCUUCUGCACAUCGAGACCAAGGAAGAGGACAUGGACGAGGGAGACAAUCGGGGCUCACACUUGGAAGCCUGGUUCGUCGGUGCUCAUGCGGACGUUGGCGGCGGGGCCGUACACGACGGCCUCUCCCUCUACCCCCUCCAGUGGAUGUUGAUCGAGAGCAGAGACCUCGGUUUGGUGCUCGAACAUAACCCGCCAGAUCGCGUCAAGGGCCUGAUUGAGAACCCGCUGGAGCUGGUCUUCCCCAGAUCGUCGCCGCUCGCCGCACUUGAACAACAGAUUCUCGGAAUGCCGCCUCCUCUUGCUGCUGUCGAUGACGAUACUACUGUCAAGCCGGGGCCGUGGACAUUUAGAUACUCGAGCGGGAUCGAAAUCUCCAUGUACGACCUCCGUGACUCGCACCAGCAUGGGAAUUUGCAGAGGCUCCCGCGGCGAAAGCUCCAGAAGCAGAAUGGAGAGCAGAAUUACCAGGCUACACACCUCGUCAGCAUCAAUCGAGGCGCCUUUGGCCGUUUGGCGCUGGGGAAGCGGCGGAUUUUCGGUUACGAUGGAUUCGGAAGUCUCCAAGGGUACAGAGAUUCUUCACGCAACGGGACCGUGGUCCAUCCAUCGGUCUACUUCCUUGUGGACACCUACACUACCCUAGGCAUCCAGAAAGCCCUCGAUGGUAUCCAGGAUCAACUGGAACUCUUCCGAAAGAAGGCUAGCAUGACGUGCAUCUCUAACAAGGCGGGAGUCUUACUCGACCCGUGGAUUAGAGAGAUUCUCCCCACCUUCACGAGCUGUCGGAUCUUGAUAUGCGGCAACACAGGCGUUGGAAAGUCCACGCUCUUGAAUCGUGUUUUCGGUAUCGAAAUGACCCAAGAAAACACGGGCCAGAGGGGUGAGCACGACAUUGAGGAAGGCUUCGAGUCGGAUCAGCAUCCAGGUAUCAUCAUUCACGACUCUGAGGGCUUCCAGGCGGGCAAUAGCAAGGAGGUUACUGCAUUUAAAAAGUUCCUCAAGGCGCGAUCUGGCAACGUCAAAGUGCGCGAUAACCUUCAUGCUAUAUGGCUCUGCAUCGAUACCGAUACCGACCGACCGGUUCAGUCAGCGCUGGCGAAUGUGUUGGAAGGAGUGACGGCAAUUGCCCCCACGAUUCCGAUCGUGAUUGUGGGAACCAAGAAGGAUAAGCAUAUUUUGUUGCACCGGAAUCAAGCUGGCAACGCGCAACAGACCGAGGAAGAUAUGCUUUCCGAGAGACAGGCAUUGUUCCGAGAGAGGUUUGAGAAAGAGCAAGAGACCUGUUCUUUCUGGCCACAGCUGGACGUCAAGUUUGCCUUCGUCUCCCGCGAUGAUCAAGAAUCCAUAAAGUCACUGAUCCACCUGACAAUGGGCUCUUUCAACGACACAGUCGUCACCGAGGCAAUGUGCGCCGCGCAGAUCCCAGACGUCGAGGCCAAAAUCGACCAAGCCGUGGAAAAGACACUCAAAAUACUCCGGACGGCCGUAGCGGCGGCCUCGGCGGGUUUCGGCACGGGGAUCAUCUCGUCAAUGACCACGCCCACGAUCGCCAGGAUCCUCUGCCGUGAGAUCGCGCACGGCUGCUUCGGCCUGCCCGAGGCGGGCAUCGCCGAGAUGGACACGAUCCUGGCGAGCGUGGUGUGGAAGAACCUCGCGCCCUUUAUGGCGCAGAGCCUGAGCCAGUCCGUCGUCAUUUUUGGCGGCGCCGUGUGCCUGACGAUGUUCACCGUCGUCGGCGGUAUCCCCCUGGCCGUCGGGGCGCCGCUGCUUGAGGCGCCGGCGGCGGUGAGGAUGGUGUUCAAGUGCGCGUGCGACCUCAUUCUUGUCCUGGAGAAGGCGUAUCGGAGCGGGGGUAAGGCUGUGAGCCGGGAGGAGGUUAGGUUGGUGGCGGCGGCGUAUAUGAAGAGCAAAGUUCCGGUCUUGAAGAACGGUGUCCAGGUUGAGAGGUCUCGGAAGAGGGCGGUUCACGGAGAGGUCAAUGAUUUGGUCCCGUGGCUGUCGAAGCGAGCGAUUGAGGCGCAUCAAGGGAAGAGUCUUCCAAAGUAUCGAAGGGGAAUCAAGAGCAUUCUUUUGAGGUACAGGCUCCCAGAGGAAUUGGGUGUAGAGAUUGGUUCGGAUGAUGAUGUGACCCUGGCGAAUAGCACGGCGCCCUACUCCCCUUCCACCCAUCCGCUCAUCAACAUGGGCAAACUCGAAGUCGGAUCCCUUUACAUCAUGAUCUCGAUCCCAUUUCCCAUCUAUUUCGGCAAGAAGAAGCACUCUUACGCGACCGAUAUCCCUGGCGACCCGAAGUUUCCGUUCUGCACCUACGAGCUCAUGGUCUCCGAGGGCCUCGCCACCGAAGAGUUCCACUGGGACCUCUACUGGCACACCUCCGACUCCCUCAGCGACGAGAGCUCCCCUGCCAACCUCCACGACGACACCGGCACCGGCAACAACAAGGUCAACAGCAGCGGCGACAUCGACGAGGGAAGCGGCGUCCUCUACCGCCUCCGCCCGCGCAAAACCUGCCCCCAAACCUACACCCUCGACCGCCUCUCCGUCGUCCGCAUCCGCUCCCACACCCAAGUCGUAGGCCUCAUCCGCGUCCUCAGCGUGCCUCCCGCUCUCGCCCCGCACCUGACGCGCUACCUCGACUGGAUGACGGCCGCGUCCGGCCGCGUCGCCGAGCGGACCUACGUCUGGGCCACGAUGGCGUACUACCGCGCGCGCCGCCACCUCCUCAAGAUCCGAGGCGUGCGCGACCACACCUUUAACCAGUUCGACAUCUCGCGCUUCACGGCGGAGCUUCUCUCCUUUGCGUACGAGGAGGUGCCGAGCGCGCUGCUGUUUGGCGGGGGCGGGGUGCCGAGGCCUGUUGUCGCGUCUUAG